CUGACUAUGCGCUUAUUAACGUCUCCGUGUGUGUUUGUUACUUUUUAAUAGUUCGACGUCUUCUAAUAAGAAGCUCAAGAUCUCCGUGAAUCGACGUGAAAACACGGUGUGUGAAGAUGAGGUUUCAGCUUGUUGUGUGCCUCUGCUUGUGGAUACCUGUUGCUCAGUCGUUUGGAGUUCAUGCACCAGAAGAUCAAGAUGGAUCAGGAGAUGAUGAGUUCUCUGGGUCAGGAUCAGGAUCAGGAGAUUUUGACAUCUGGUUCUCUGAACCUAAAGUGACAUCCCAAGCAGAUCCUAACACUACAAAGACACCCUGGAUCACAGAUGCCCCUGUUAAUCUUCCAGAACGUUCAGUUACCCGGCUUGCCAAAGUUGUCACUGAGACUGAAACAUCGGACCACGUCUCUGAAGCUCUUUUGCCGUACACCACCCAAACCAUGGAGACUCAACCAUCUCUGUUCAUCGACAAAUCAUUUGGCUCAGUGGAAGAUCAGAAAGGUGAGACCACAACAAUCACCACUGUGGCACAGACGGAGACCACUGUGGCACAGACGGAGACCACUGUGGCACAGACGGAGACCACUGUGGCACAGACGGAGACCACUGUGGCACAGACAGAGACCACUGUGGCACAGACAGAGACCACUGUGGCACAGACGGAGAUCACAGUACCUCCGGCUGUGAAACUACCAUUGGUGCCUAUGCAGGAGGACAAAUACACAACUGCAGCCAAAGAUGAGGAGGACACCACAGAAUCAUCUGUCACCGAACAAGUGGUAGAAGAAACCACAGUUGUUGAAUCUGUGUCUGUGAUGACUGAACCACCUGAUAUGGCGACCACACCACUCCUCCUGAGCAUCACAGCAUCGCCUAGUGAUUUAGCUGAUACUGAAGCUUCGGGUGAUUCUGUUGAAGUCACUACUGUUCAAGGCAUUGGUGAAGAUUUUAUUGAAACUAACAUAAUUCCAGAGGACCGGGAACAUGUGGGGAAACCAAGAUUGAAUGAUAAUGACUUUGACUUCGAAAAUGAAAUCCAGAAGACGGGAUUAAACUCGGACCGGUCUGGGUCUGAUUUUGCUCGAGGCAGCGCUUCAGACAACGAUAGCUUACUGGAAAGGAAAGAGGUCCUAGCAGGUGUCAUUGCGGGAGGUGUGGUGGGCUUGGCUUUUGCCAUCAUGCUUGUUGCUCUCAUGGUGUACCGCAUGAAGAAGAAGGAUGAGGGAAGUUAUUCACUAGACGAGCACAAACAUCCCAAUGGAGGCUACCAGAAACCACAGAAACAGGAAGAGUUUCUGGCAUAAAGACUCUUAAACAUACUAUCUCUGUCUCUCUUUAUUCUAUGCUUGACUGCCACUUCUCAACUCACCAGUUUCAUAUCCUUGGUGACCCAUUUUUUUGUUUUGGUUUUAUAUCCACGUUGGAUUCGCAAUACAUCGGAUUUGUGCCAGAAACGGUUAGUUGAUCUUCAGGAAAGGUUCACUUGUGUGUUCUGUGGGUUUUUUUCCUGCUUCUAAUGGAUUAUCACACUGUGGAUUGAGACUGUUCUUAUGAGCCCUAGUUAUGAGUUACGGACUGUGGGUUUUUUUUUUUUUUUUUUAUAAAUAUAUUAAAAAAAGGGUUCUGCUUUCUGCCAGUGCUGUGAAACCACAGUAAACAUGAACCCAGCUUCUCAUUUCCAUUGUGCCUUAUUUCCUGUUCCAGCAAACUGAAGCGCACACUGUGCAGCAGUGAGAGAGCUCACCUCCUCCAGUUGUUUGUUGCUGUGGUAACAGAUAGUUGCCAUAGGGACAGAAAACAUGGAUUGCACUUUUGACAUGCAAACAUUUACAAUCACUGUUUGCUUGGAACUGUUCAUGUGUUUCAGCUUGGCCUGGUCAUGCUUACUUUCACUUGUUGAAGUUGUUUUUAUCACGCGUGUUGAAGGAGAGCUGCCUCGCCGUGACGAGUGGGAUUCCAUUCAAUUUCCUCCUUCUUUUGUACUUGCUCUGAAGAUGGCGUUCGAGAACAAGCCAUGCAGAAUUGGUAUUGGGGAAACUGUAUGAAUAAUUGUUGAUGGGAUGUGACUGUAUUACACAAUAUUGCUCUGUUUUCUGGGAAGCUAAAUGAGUUGUGACAUUCUGUGUCCCCUGAAUUCUCAAAUAUACUGUAUGAAAUUUCUCAAAUUUUACAAGUGCAGUCUUUUCUUUGUGACUCCAGCUCUUUGUACAUAUGCUAGUGGACCAAAUCUACAGAUUGAAUACCUUUUCUUGAGAUAGAAGAUGGCUAAUGUAUAUUACCAGGUCAUACGAGACCUAUUUGUAUAAGUGCAUACAUGCUUCUCUGUUUUUAGUUAUCACUUGUAUUAAAGGACUGCUCGGCUGCGAUGAGCUUUCUGGAAGGCAUCAUAAUCAAACGUAUUUGCUCAUGUUCACCCCUAAUUCAGCCUAAACAAUAGUUCUGAAAGAAAUGUUAUAAUAGUUUCCUGGACAAUACCAAGCUUUGUGCAUUAAAUCAGUUUUCUAAAUGAUGUCAUUAAAUAAGAAAAUAUUUUAUUAAACCUGUUCCUUUGUGUAAAUGCUAAUCUUACUUGCCAUGGAUUUAGCUGCUUUAUAAUGGCCGAGCAGAGUAAAGACGUAUUACUACUAAAGUUUCAUGCUCAGUGUGUAUUACUGAACCUGCGCGUGCCAUGUGAUAUGUACAGCUUUUUUUUUUUUUUGUUUUCACCUGUUUCUUUAAGUUGUUAGUAUUUUUUUUUUUUUUAAUUUUACAAAUGGACAAAUGUUUUUGACUCUUUGGGUACCAUAUUCCAGGCUUCAGGUUAGCUCACCUAUUUGUCCAUAAUGGAAUUUUUGAAAGAGGAAGUGGCAAAAGUGUGUGUGAAAGUACACUCGUGGUAGAGUGAACCGUUUGUGCCUUUGCAGAAUGGCUGGCCACGCCUCAGAGAGAGCUACCUUUGUGUUUUGUUGCUGUGCAAAAGAAAAUUAGACCUACUUAUGUCAUAGUUUGUACAAAUCUCUCUAUUUAUUAUUCACAGUUGUUUUCUAUGUUUAAUAAAAGGGAGUCCAUUUUCA